AAAUAAAAAAUCUUCUUCACACACAUCCUUGACCAUUUUUCUUGUUCAUCGCUCUCUUUCUCCUUCACCAAUCCCAGACGAGUAGGAGCUAUGGCGGCACCGAUUGUUGACGCUGAGUACUUGAAGGCGAUCACCAAGGCUCGCCGUGACCUCCGUUCUCUCAUCGCGAACAAGAACUGUGCUCCGAUCAUGCUCCGAUUGGCAUGGCACGAUGCUGGAACUUAUGAUGCUCAAUCGAAGACCGGUGGACCUAAUGGCUCUAUCAGGAACGAAGAAGAGUUCACUCAUGGUGCCAACAGUGGUUUGAAGAUCGCUCUCGAUCUCUGUGAGGGCGUUAAAGCUAAAAAUCCCAAAAUCACAUACGCAGACCUGUAUCAGCUUGCUGGUGUGGUAGCAGUUGAGGUUACUGGUGGACCUGACAUCGUGUUUGUUCCUGGAAGAAAGGAUUCAAAUGUCAGCCCCAAGGAAGGAAGACUUCCUGAUGCCAAACAAGGUUUCCAACAUCUUAGAGAUGUCUUCUACCGCAUGGGACUAUCUGAUAAGGAUAUUGUGGCACUCUCAGGGGGUCAUACUCUGGGAAGGGCUCACCCAGAGAGGUCAGGCUUCGAUGGACCAUGGACUCAAGAGCCGCUGAAGUUUGACAACUCCUACUUCGUGGAACUGCUGAAAGGAGAAUCAGAGGGCUUGUUGAAACUUCCAACUGACAAGACCUUAUUGGAAGACCCGGAGUUUCGUCGUCUUGUUGAGCUUUAUGCAAAGGAUGAAGAUGCAUUCUUCAGAGACUAUGCGGAAUCGCACAAGAAACUGUCUGAGCUUGGUUUCAACCCGAACUCCUCAGCGGGCAAAGCAGUUGCAGACAGCACGAUUCUGGCACAGAGUGCGUUCGGGGUUGCGGUUGCUGCUGCAGUUGUGGCCUUUGGUUACUUUUACGAGAUUCGGAAGAGGAUGAAGUAAACGAAAUAGAAGGAAAGCAUGAAGCAACGGUUCUCUUAUUUGGGCAUUAAAGAAACUAUUAAUCGUCUA